AUGUCUCUUUUCGCUCCUGUCAACCCAGAACCUCUCACUCGCUUGGGCUACUACCGCUACCUUGCUCCGCGUGCAUCGAUCCUCGUCUCCCCCCUUUGCCUUGGUGGCUUGAGCAUCGGAGACAAAUGGGCUGCCCACGGUAUGGGCGCGAUGGAUAAGGAAUCCUCCUUCCGUCUCCUCGAUGCAUACUUCGCCGCUGGUGGUAACUUCAUCGACACUGCCAAUUACUACCAAGAUGGCAGCUCCGAGGAGUUCAUCGGAGAGUGGGCCGAGUCGCGCGGCAUCCGCGACCAACUGGUGAUCGCUACGAAGUAUUCCCAACACUGGGACGACGGCUCUGUUGAGAGGAAGGUCCGAGCCAACUAUAUGGGCAAUAGCGUCAAGUCUCUCGCACUCUCGGUCGAGGCUAGCUUGAAAAAGCUUCGCACGACGUAUAUCGAUAUCUUCUAUUGUCACAAUUGGGAUAAUCACACUAGCGUCGAAGAAAUAAUGGACGCCCUUCACAACCUCGUUGUUUCCGGCAAGGUUCUCUAUCUUGGUGUCUCGAACAUGCCCGCUUGGCUGGUCUUGAAGGCCAACGAGUACGCCCGCUACAAUGGCAAGACGCCCUUCGUCAUCUACCAAGUCAAAUGGUCCGUCCUCGAGCGCGACACCGAGCGCGACAUUCUGCCCAUGUGCCGCCACGAAGGUAUCGCGCUGGCGCCCUACGGCGUACUCGCCGCGGGACACAUCCGCACCGACGAGGAGGAGGAGCGCCGUCUCCACUCCGGCGAGCUAGGUCGUCAAAUCCUCCCGGGCCAGAAGUGGAAGCGCACACACGAGGAGCGCGCUGUGUGCCAGGUCCUAGAGCGCAUCGCGAAGGAAGUGGGUGCGAAGAGUAUUACAGCUGUCGCAAUCGCGUAUGUGAUGCAGAAGGCUCCCUUCAUCUUCCCGAUUAUUGGCGGACGCAAGGUCGAGCAGCUGGAGGCGAACGUAGAGGCGCUCAACAUUCACUUGACGGAGGAGCAUUUCAAGUUGAUCGACGAUGCUUCUCCGUUCCAACAGGGCUAUCCCGUGAACGUGAUCGGCGAAUAUGGCCAAGUGCCGCGGCGCCAUUUCAUGUUUGCAAAGGUCGACACACAGCCUCUCUUAGCUGCCAUUAAGCCUCCUCGCAAGAACUGAAUGCGAAGUGAUACACGAGUAGUCUGAGCUUUACACAGUGUAUGUUUGGUCCCCCGAUGUAAUGUACAAUAUAUCUCCGAUCUGUCUUCAGAAC